AUGACUGCCGGAAAAGGAUCUCGCCUCUCCCAAGUGUCCCUUAUCUUCGCCUGUGGGACGGCUCUCUUUUCGGAUGGAUACGCCAAUGGGGUCAUUGGUAGUGUCAACACCCUCCUCACCCGCAUCUAUGGUGCCGACGAGAUCGCCAAGAACAACUACAGCAAGAAUCUUACGAGUAUUGCCUUUGCCGGCACAGUUGUAGGCAUGCUCGUCUUCGGUUACCUGUCUGACCGCUUUGGUCGGAAAUCCGGCAUGAUGAUUGCUGCUGGUAUUGUUACACUUUUCUCUGGCCUUUCUGCCGCAUCUUCGGGAGCAAACCACAGUGUUGGCGGUUUGCUUGCCAUGUUGAGUGCCAUGCGAUUCCUCCUUGGUAUUGGUGUGGGCGCGGAAUACCCUUGUGGUUCGGUAGCAGCCUCAGAGCAGUCGGAGGAACCAGGAAUUAGUAAAAACGCCCAGCAUCGGUGGUUUGCGCUCGCGACUAACUCGAUGAUUGAUUUCGGAUUCGUUGUCGCGGCAUUUGUCCCCCUUGUGCUAUACUGGAUCUUCGGCGACAACCACCUCCGUGCGGUCUGGCGACUCUCCCUCGGGCUCGGCGUCAUCCCUGCCCUUGCGGUGUUUAUCUGGCGGUUGCGCAUGGAGGAGCCGACACGCUACAAGAAGGACUCUAUGGCCCACGCGCGUGUGCCGUACUGGCUUAUCGUGAAGCGCUAUUGGUUGAACCUCUUCGCAAUCUGUCUCGUCUGGUUCAUCUAUGACUUUAUUACAUACCCAUUCUCUCUCUACUCCUCUACCAUCGUCAACAACAUCACUGGUGGUUCGAGCGCUUUGAGUGUUGUAUUCGGAUGGAAUACUGUGAUUAACUUGUUCUACAUGCCCGGCACAAUCGGCGGGGCAUUCCUUGUUGACUACCUUGGACCGAAGUACACCAUGAUAUUUGGCCUCCUUUGCCAGGCCGUUAUUGGAUUCAUCAUGAGUGGACUCUACAACCAACUGACGUCACACGUGGCUGCAUUCGCGGUUGUUUACGGUAUCUUCUUGAGCUUCGGGGAAGUUGGCCCCGGAAACUGCACCGGUAUGCUCGCCGUCAAGACGGGCCCCACUGCCAUUCGUGGCAAGUUCUACGGCAUUGCCGCCGCGGUGGGAAAAGUCGGUGCAUUCGUUGGUGACUGGGUCUUCCCUGAUAUUAUCGAUGAUUUCGGUGGUGCGGCAUCAGCCAAAGGUAACACAGGGCCAUUCUGGAUUGGCAGUGGUUUGGCCGUCCUGAGCGCACUCAUCACACUGUUCUUUAUCAAGCCGCUCACACAUGACGGUAUGGAAGAGGAGGACCGUAAGUUCCGCGAGUAUCUCGAGGAGAAUGGCUAUGACACGUCGCAGAUGGGUCUCGAAACUGGCUCUGAGAGCUGGGCCGAAGAGACGGGCUCAGAAAAGGAUGGCGCUGUGAUCGCCGAGAAGCUCAGCCAAUAG